AAGAUGUGGAGGCUGAAGGUGGCAGAAGGAGGGAAAGAUCCGUACAUAUUCAGUACAAAUAACUUUGUGGGGAGGCAGACAUGGGAGUUUCAUUCUGAAGAUGAGAGCCAGGAAGAGAGAGAUGAAGUUGAAGCUGCUCGCCGCAACUUCUUCUCUAAUCGUUUCCGUCUCAGAGCUUGUGCUGAUCUCCUUUGGCGAUUUCAGUUUUUGAGAGAGAAGAAGUUCAAACAAAGAAUAGGAGGUGUGAAGAUAAAGGAUGAAGAGGAGAUAACAUCUGAAAAAGUUCAGAAGACGGUGAAAAGGGCAGCAAAUUAUUUGUGUGCUUUGCAAGCUAGCGAUGGCCAUUGGCCUGCCCAAAUUGCCGGACCCCUUUUCUAUAUUCAACCUUUGGUAUUUGUUAUGUACAUUACAGGGCAUCUUGAUACUGUGUUUCUUGAAGAGUACAGGAAGGAGAUCCUACGUUUCUUAUACAAUCACCAGAAUGAAGAUGGAGGGUGGGGGCUACAUAUAGAGAGCCGUAGUUGCAUGUUUAGCACAGCACUAAGCUACAUAUGCAUUCGCAUUCUGGGAGGAGGGCCUGAUGGAGGAGAAGGCAAUGCUUGUGUUAGAGCUCGAAAAUGGAUUCUUGAUCAUGGUGGGGUCACCUACAUACCCUCUUGGGGAAAGACUUGGCUUUCUAUACUUGGUGUAUAUGAAUGGAACGGAAGCAACCCAAUGCCUCCUGAAUUUUGGCUCUUGCCCUCAUUUCUUCCCAUGCAUCCAGCAAAAAUGUGGUACUUUUGCCGAUCAGUCUACAUGCCCAUGUCUUACUUAUAUGGAAAAAGGUUUGUGGCUCCAAUCACUCCACUUGUUCUUAUGCUGAGACAAGAACUUCAUGUUCAACCUUACGACCAAAUUAAUUGGAACAAAGCUCGCCACCUUUGUGCCAAGGAGGAUCUUCACUGUCCCCAUCCCUUGAUCCAAGAUCUCAUGUGGGAUACAUUAUAUAUACUAACUGAACCACUUCUAAUGCGUUGGCCUUUCAACAAGUGGAUUAGAGAAAAAGCCCUUCAAGUAACAAUGAAACAUGUACACUAUGAAGAUGAGAAUACUCGAUAUAUAGCUUCUGCAUGUGUGGGGAAGUCAUUAAGUAUGAUUGCUUGUUGGGUUGAAGAUCCAAAUGGAGAUGCCUUCAAGAAGCAUCUUGCCAGGGUUCCUGAUUAUUUAUGGGUUUCAGAAGAUGGAAUGACUAUGCAGAGUUUUGGAAGCCAAACAUGGGAUGCUGGUUUUGCCAUUCAAGCUUUGCUUGCCACUAAUCUGAUUGAGGAUAUUGCUCCAACACUAGCAAGAGGACAUUAUUUCAUUAAGGAAUCUCAAGUUAAAGACAACCCUUCUAGUGAUUUCAAGAGCAUGUAUCGUCACAUUUCUAAAGGAGCAUGGGCCUUCUCUGAUAGAGACCAAGGAGUGCAGGUUUCAGAUUGCACAGCAGAAGGUUUGAAGUGCUGUCUUCUUCUAUCAAAGCUACCAUCAGAGACUGUGGGUAAACAUGUAGAACCUGAGAGAUUAUACGAUUCUGUCAAUAUCAUAUUAUCACUUCAAAGUAAAAGAGGCGGUUUAGCAGCUUGGGAACCAAUCAAAGCACGCGAGUGGUUAGAAGUUUUAAACCCCAUAGAAUUUCUGGAAGACAUAGUAGUUGAACAUGAAGCUGUUGAAUGCACAGGGUCAGCAGUACAGGCUUUAGUUUUGUUUAAAGAGAUGUAUUCAACGCAUAGAAAGAAAGAGAUUGAGGAUUUUAUUACAAAUGCUGUAAGAUACAUUAAAGAGAUGCAAACAAAAGAUGGUUCAUGGUAUGGAAAUUGGGGAAUCUGCUUCAUCUAUGGAACUAUGUUUGCACUUGCUGGACUUUCUGCAGCUGGCAAAACCUAUGACAAGUCUAAAACCAUUCGUAGGGCUGUGAAUUUUCUUUGUACAGUGCAAAAUAAGGAUGGUGGGUGGGGAGAGAGCUAUCUUUCAUGUGCUGAAAAGAAAUUUGUUCCACUUGAAGGAAACCGAUCACAUGUUGUACAAACAGCUUGGGCUAUGAUGGCUCUAAUUCAUGCUGGCCAAGCAGAGAGAGACCUGACUCCUCUUCAUGGUGGAGCAAAAUUUCUCAUCAAUUCUCAAUUAGAAGACGGGGAUUGGCCACAACAAGAAUUGACGGGAGCAUCCUUAAAACAUUGCAUGUUGCACUAUCCAAUGCAUAGAAAUGUAUUUCCGAUGUGGGCUCUUUCGGAAUAUCACAAGCGACUUCCAUCAUUAUCUUCAACUGUUUAUUAA